AUGCCCCUGCUGAGCCUCAAGACUGGCAGCACCUGCUCUUUGGCACUCUGUGGCCUCUGCCUAGGCUGGGAAGAGUGCCAGAACUAUGUCCGAGUGCUGAUUGUUUAUGGCAAGAAGGUUUUUACCUGUGGUACCAAUGCCUUUUCUCCAGUGUGUUCCAGUCGACAGGUAGGAAAUCUCAGCAAAAUCAUUGACAGAAUUAAUGGAGUGGCUCGGUGCCCAUAUGACCCUCGGCAUAACUCGACAGCUGUGAUUACAUCACGAGGAGAACUCUAUGCUGCAACUGUGAUUGAUUUUUCUGGACGGGAUCCUGCUAUUUACCGCAGCCUUGGAAAUGUUCCCCCACUUAGGACAGCACAAUACAACUCCAAAUGGCUCAAUGAGCCUAACUUUAUUGCCGCCUACGACAUCGGCUUGUUCACCUACUUCUUCUUCCGUGAGAAUGCGGUGGAACACGACUGUGGGAAAACAGUGUAUUCUCGUGUAGCAAGGGUUUGCAAAAAUGAUAUCGGAGGGAGAUUUUUGCUGGAGGACACAUGGACAACUUUCAUGAAGGCCAGACUGAACUGCUCCCGUGCUGGAGAAAUCCCUUUCUAUUACAAUGAGUUGCAAAGCACCUUCUACCUUCCUGAGCAAGAUCUGAUCUAUGGUGUCUUCACUACUAAUGUAAACAGCAUAGCUGCCUCAGCAGUGUGUGCCUUCAAUCUGAGUGCCAUUACUCAGGCAUUUAAUGGCCCUUUCCGUUACCAAGAAAACCCAAGAUCAGCCUGGCUGCCAACGUUAAACCCCAUCCCUAAUUUCCAGUGUGGGACACUGAAUGAUGACAGCCCUAAUGAGAACCUGACGGAGAGAGUCCUGCAGGAUGCACAGCGCCUGUUCCUGAUGAAUGAUGUCGUGCAGCCAGUGACUGUAGAUCCCUAUGUGACUCAGGACAGCAUUCGAUUUUCCAAACUGGUUGUUGAUAUCGUUCAAGGGAAAGAUACUCUCUACCAUGUGAUGUAUAUUGGAACAGAGUAUGGCACCAUCUUGAAGGCCCUUUCUACCACUAACAGGAGCCUGAGGAGUUGUUAUUUAGAGGAAAUGCAGAUUCUCCCUGAUGGACAACAGGAAGCAAUCAAGAGCCUCCAAAUCCUGCACAGCGACAGGUCACUCUUUGUGGGCUUAAAUAAUGGAGUACUAAAAAUUCCUCUGGAGAGAUGCUCCAUGUACAGAACAGAAGGGUAA